AGAACAGAAAUAGGAAGUAUGAAGAGCACAGGAAAAAACUUGUUGUGAUCGCAAACCACAGGGGGGUUAUAUUCGUCGUCUUCUUACGAGUGCAGGUGCACCUAAAAGGGGCAGCAUGUUGUUGUGAGACGAGCAAGUGGCUAAUGAACGUCUGAGAAGAUGACUGACUCACUGGAGAAGACCACAGACUGUCCCUUGACUCUUCAUGGAGACAACUCCAGUCCAGAUGAGGAGAGAGAGAACUUCACGGCAGAGAAUGAGUUAUGCUGGGAAGAUGGAGGUCUACCAAUCGAGCUACAGAGAGGUUUGGAGUCUCUGCGAGUCAAUAAAGAUCUAACUGAUGUGAUUCUGAGUGUUCAAGGACAUGACUUCCCUUGCCAUAGAGCCAUUCUUGCUGCUGCCAGUCAUUACUUCAGGGCGAUGUUUUGCAGUGGUCUGAAGGAAAGUCAUGAGGAGCUUGUCCAAAUAAAGGGGUUGGACAGUGGGACCAUGCGCUUUCUCCUGGAGUACACCUACACCAGCCGAGCCCUCCUCACACAAGCAAAUGUCCAGGGAAUCCUAGAGGCUGCCAGUCAAUUUCAGUUCCCACGUGUUGUAGAUACAUGUGCUGACUUUCUUGGCAAGUGUCUGCACCUAGAGAACUGCAUUGGUAUCCUGAAUCUGGCUGAAAGUCACGCCUUGUCAGCGCUGAAGACCAGGGCUCAGGACUACAUCACCUCUCAGUUCUCCCAGGUGGUUCAGCAGCAGGAUUUCCUGGAGCUGCCAGCGGAAUCGAUGGAGAGAGUCCUAGAGAGUGACAACCUUGAUGUCAAGUGUGAGGAGUGUGUUUUUGAGGCAUUCAUGCUUUGGGUUAGAGCCCGGCAGGAUGAACGCUAUCCCUUACUGGCCAAGUUACUCUCACAUGUGCGACUGCCAUUACUAAAUCCAGCAUAUUUUGUGGAAAAAGUGGAGUCGGAUAGCCUGAUACGGCAAUGCAGUGAGGCCUUUCCUCUGUUGCAAGAGGCCCGCAGUUAUCACCUCUCUGGCACGGAGGUGGUCUCUGAACGAACCAAACCCCGUGUGCAGCACUUCCUCUCAGAGGUAUUCCUGAUAAUCGGAGGCUGCACUAAAGAUGAGCGUUUCGUUUCCACUGUCACCUGUUUGGACCCGCUCAGACGCAGCAGACUCGAGGUUGCCCGGCUGCCGAUGACAGAGAUGGAGAAUGAGUCGCAAAACCGAAAAUGGGUGGAAUUUGCUUGCAUCACCUUCCGCAAUGAACUGUAUAUAUCUGGAGGUAAGGAGACACAGCAUGAUGUUUGGAAAUACAACGGUGCCCUGGACAAGUGGAUCCAAAUUGAGCCCCUGUCAACUGGGCGAUGGAGGCACAAAAUGGCAGUCCACGGGGGGAAGGUUUAUGCACUGGGUGGAUUUGAUGGAGGUCAGAGGCUUGCAAGUGUAGAAGCCUAUGAUCCCUUUCACAAUCGUUGGACACAGGUGACACCUCUUGGAGAAGGUGUGAGUUCGUUUGCUGCUGCGACCUUUGACAGAUGGAUCUACGUGAUUGGUGGCGGGCCAAACGGGAAGCUGGCAACUGAUAAGGUUCAAUGCUGGGAGCCUGGGACAGACUGCUGGGAGCUGCGGACGCCCAUUCCCAUUGAAACUAAAUGCACCAAUGCUGUUACAUUCAAGAACUGCAUCUAUAUAGUCGGUGGUGCGAUGCAUGCCAUGUACUGCUACUCCCCUCUGUCUGACUCAUGGACCCUUGUGACUCGUCUGGGGGAGAGAGCAAGCUGUGCCAUUGCUGCCUGUAACAAUAAAAUCUUCAUCACUGGAGGCCGAGAUAACAAAAACCAAGUCAUCUCUACAGUGAUGUGCUGGGAUGUUGCCCGUGAGGUGCUGACAGAGGAGUGUGUCCUACCUAUGGGUGUCUCGCACCAUGGCAGUGUGACACUGAUGAAAUCCUACACACACAUACACAAAAUGACACCACAAGAGAGCCAAUGACACAUGUUUAUGCAAAUGUGCAAAAACGGAAAACAAUGUAUUAUCAUGAAAGUUAUUUAUUUGUUUAUGUUUACUUCAUUGACAGGAAAUUAUAUUUAGGGUUUGAGCACAAGGUGCGUAGAACCCUAUUGAAACUGAAGGAAUUCUUAUUAUUCUUCGUAGAAGUAAAUCGGCUUUUUGAGGCCUUUCCCAUUCCCCAAAACUCAUGGAUUUCUCAUGGAUCAGACCUGGUGUCUGACACUG